UGACCUUUGCACGUUUUAUAUUUGCGGUCUGGUUCUGGUUUUCCCAAGUCUUGACUUGACUUGACUUAUAUCUCUUUCUCUAACUUGUCAAUACUAGACUGUUACAGUCUAAGAUGCCACCAACGUUAUCACCACGACCUGACCUUCCGUUCAAACAUCAGAACCCCCAUAUCUCUUCUCUCGACCUCUCUAAAUUGCCUCCUGUCAAAUAUCAGUCGCUUGAUCGCGAUGGCCAUGAGGUUUUGGUGGGGCGCAUGAAGAUUCCUACACCCGGUGGUCAUGCCUUUAUCUUGAGGCGUUUUGAUACGGGUGCCAUCAGUCUGACUACUAUGUUCCGGGCCGCCUUCCCCACCGCUUCUGAAGCUGAUGAACGUCGUGAAACCGUCUGGGUAAAGGAUACCUACGAUCUCGCUGGAAACAAUGGCUCCGCGAAGGAACCUGCUAUCGUGCGCCUUGCUGGAACAUGGGUCGGCCCUGACGUCGCUCUCCUUCCCGAAUUUGCGCAAACAUAUGGUUUGGGCGGCGUCAUCCCUCAUGUCGCCAAGGCCACCCCCGACCCCUCUGCAGCCUACCGUCGUUCUUCGACAAAAACGACACCCAAAGCAGCACCGAGAUCCUCUCCUGCUGCAACUAGUACCCUCCCAACUCCUGCUCCGUCAAUCACACUCCCGACCCCAAAACGCAGGCGGGAAGCUUCUCCCGUACUGGUCACAGAUCCUCCGCCUUCCAGCUUGCCUCCCCCACGGCGAUCAGCGCGGACCAAGAGUCCAGCACCUGUCCCAGUCUCCUUGCCGGCCAAGUCGCCAGUCAAGCCCAGAUCACCAGCUCCUCGCGCGCCAGCACAUCGUUCACCGGCACCUCUCUCGCCCGCGACCAAAUCUCCCAAGACUGUCAAGUCAUCUGCACGAGCCGUGCGGAUCAUUGAAGUAACUACUCCAGGGGGGUCAGACGAGACUGUUGUGGAAGAGGAGGCGGAGACAAUUGAAAUUGCACACCCAAAUAUGUCUCAGGACAUAGCUGAGCAGAAGGAAUUGAUUGAGCGGUUGAAGGCGGAGCGGGAUGCACCGUCGAUGGAGACCGACUCAUUAAAGCGCGCGAGGGAAGAUGAAGAUGAGAGUACAGAGUUGAGGUUUCAGUUUAAGGAACCAGAAGUGCAGGAAAGACAAAUUGCAACGAACAAGCGGGUGGGAAGGUUCCAUCUGGAGCCAAGGCAAAAAUCAUUUGCAUGGGGCGUCGCGGCAUUCGCGAUUGGAAUGAGUGCAGUAUCAUUCCUCCCAAACUUAUUCUAAACACGCCAUCUGCUUGUCGUAUCUGUUUUCCUUAUUAUCAGCUCUCGUUUCCGUUCUUUUCUGGUGUCAUGUUAACACCUGUACGUCUGCUCCCCUGCGACACAUUUCUCUCUUUAUGGAUCUUCAUAAUGUCCAUUUAUUCACCUUUCCGUAGUCGAUUCCGGGUUCCCGGUUGACUGAGUGGGUAGAUCGUUUCUAUUAUUAAACGUCGAGUAGGUAUUGUAUGCUUGUGAUAUUGGAACACAUGCGCCGAAGGCGAAGUACACGCUGGUCUCGGCU